AUGAAUAUCACUACUGUCAAUCGGGACCCGCUGCAUGUAGCAAUCUUAAAGAAUGUGAUCACUGUUGUCCUCGCUCUUGCUAUUAUCUACAUUAAUGGAACUCUGGUUCAUACAUUCAGAAAACAUCAGGUUUUCAACACAAAUUCUCGUUACAUCUUGUACAUCCACCUGGUAAUCAAUGAUAUCCUCAUGCUCGCACUGAUGAUCCUCCUCCAAGUUCUUAGUUACAUUAUAUAUAAAUUCAAUGUCUCAUUUUGCAUUAUUAUGCUAAUGAUUGCCACAUCCACAAGUCUAAACAACCCCUUAACGCUUGCUGCCAUGGCUCUAGAGUGCUACCUGGCAAUAUGCUUCCCUCUCCGUCACCCUCAGAUCUGUACGGUCAGGAAAACUUACAUUGUGAUCACUGUGAUAUGGGUCCUAAGCUCUCUUGCAGUACUGCCAGAUCUGUUCAUAAUUAUUGCCACAAGACCUGCAAAGUACUUUCAUUCCAGUGUCUUGUGCUUGUGGGCUAAUAUUUUUACAAGCCCGGCCCUUAAACAGAAGAAAGAUGUAUUCAACAUUUUGCUUCUAGUCAUUGUUUGGCUCAUUCUUUUUUAUGCGUACUUUAGAAUACUUUUCACUGCACAGGCUGCUUCAGUAAAUGCAAAGAAAGCAAGAAACACUGUCCUACUUCAUGGCUUUCAGCUGUUGUUAUGCAUGCUAACCUUUGUUUAUAUUAUAUCAAUAGAGGGCCUGUCAAUUUUGUUUCCAAAUGACAUCCCAUCCAUUCGGUAUGUAAUUACACUAUUGAUUCAGGUCAUGCCUCGGCUCAUCAGUCCGAUGGUAUAUGGCAUAAGGGAUAAAAUGUUCAGGAAACACCUAAAACAAUACCUGUUACCUUUAAAUCCAGCCGGUCAUCCAAAAAAAGGAUCAUAUGUAGGCAGGCUGUUGAGGAGGCCACUAGAAGAUUACUGA